AUGCCGUUAGCACCAUACACUUUUAGACCGUUGACACCUCCAGAGGUUGACUAUGCUGCUGGUCAGCGGUCAAGUCAGAUGAGAAAUGUUUCAGCAUCAUCCUAUUUUACGAACCCAUCUCCAGAGUCUAGCACACCAGAACGACGUGCUUUUGGCCCAACAUUACUUCCCAAGAUUCGAACGCAAGACAAUAGUUUACAGCCAUCUGCUGGUCAGCAUGUCAAAAGUCACAAGCGCUCGAUCUCUAAUGUCAGCAACGUCUCGACAUACAACAAUGUCAGACCACCAAUCUAUAGGAGUGCUACGGAGCCAGUACACGACAGCAUCAGCUUGAUGUCACCAGUGUCUAUGCCCUCACAGUCCAGGGCUAGCUCAGUCGCACCUUUCAUCACGAAUACUACUCGUAGUCAUUCGCGAGUACCAUCUUCGUCUAGUGUGACGCUCGAUGAGACUACAUUAAACCGAUAUGGUUAUCCCACAUACCGUCAGAUGCCGGUAUACAUGACUCAAGCUCAACAAGCACCAUCGCCUCCAGUGUAUGCACAGUCAUAUCUUCCUUCGGAGCAAUUCUCCUUUCUUGAGCCUCCUACCAUUAACAUAGAAGGGACAUGGGACAUUCCAAUUGAUCUUGAUGUCAUAUCACGCCCAAGCUCGACGAGUCCUCCACCAUCUUUACAGCCUUCGUUGAUGCCUGCAGCUCCUCUCGUGCACGAACCAUCAACGUUUACCAUGCAGGGUGGUCCUGUCGUGGCUGGCUCGACUAGUUUAAUAACAUACCUAACUCAGUCAACUCAGCCGAUAAACCUUGUGCGCAAUCUAACUUACUCUACUGGUCGAGGCUUGUCCUCUUACUUCUGGUGGGACGUUCGUAAUAUUCGUCCUUGGAGCACUUUCUCGCUCGAUACGAUGAACUCGAUCCCAGAUCUAAUGACUCUCCUUCACUUCCAACAUGAUAACAGCACCUUUCCGAGCCUUGCAAAUCAGUCGACAAGUGCUGCAAAUCCUUCCUCGGAAGCUGACCUAGCCAACUUGGUUUCCAAGAUCUACUUCCCAAGAGUCAAUGCAGCAGCUCAAGUAUCUCUGGGCGCCAAUGCACCUUACCUUUACAUCGCACCCCAGCAGCCAGUUCAACAGACCACCAGCUCAGCAACACCAGCUCAAGCCCAACCGACAUUCCUUGCAAAUUACCCUAAUGAGAACCAAUUCACACUGCACGGCACCCCACGCGGACGCGUCAUCGGCCUUGCAAAAUCCUUCGACACCUUCAACACAUCAAUGCGCCACGAAUCACCAGCCCAAAGAGUCCGCUAUCUCAAGACACUCUCACAACUACAGAAAUGCAUGCGCGACCACUCCUGCAGAUACGGCUUCAUCAUCACCGAGAUCGAGCUAGUCUGCGUCCGAGCCGGUUCCGACAAGUACGGUAACCCAUACUUCGGCUACCUCGAGGUCGCAGACAGUAUCGCCACCAAGGAAAGCGCCAAGUACGGCAUCGACGCGAACGGAAACUACACUGAAGACAUCUCCAUGACCGCCGGCCUAGCACUCUACUUCCUCCUCAUGCUAGCCAAGAAGGUCGCUCUACCAGGUGAAUGGAGCAGUUUCAUGGACGUCGGGGCUCAAGGCGCCAUGACAAGACAGAGAGUCCUGCCCGCAAACGAGGAGCUGAAGAACGACGCUCUCGGCCUUUCUGACGAUGAGGACGGAGAUGUCAGAGAUGAGGAAGAGCGAAAGUCCGACGGUAGGGAUAAGUGGAUGCCUGAGCCGCAAGUCGGUGAGAAGAGAGAUGCAAAGACUGCGAGGGGUUGGGUGUGGCCGAGCGAUCCUUGGCAUAAGAGGGAGGGUGGGCGAAGAUCACGACGUGGAUGA